AUGCAUCUUCUUUCACGAAAAAUAAACGACCUAUUACUUUCGCGCUCGUUAUCAUUGUCCUUUCAGGACUUGAUCAUUCCAACCGAAAAACUGGAUCUUCCGUCGAUAUCGCAAGUGCAAACCCGGGGGCCUUCCGAAGUACCAUAUUACAAUCAUCACGCCGCGCAGCGACCUCUGUACGUGAAUGAAAGGUUGCCCGCUCUGCCUUUGCCACCGCCGCAACAGGCAUAUUCGUCUGGUACUUCAUCUCCCCGGGUUGGUUCACUUAGCUCACUUGGAUCUUCCUCAAUCUUGAACGGAGGUUCUCAUUCAUCUUAUACCACAGCGAGUUCCUCAAACGGACCCAAAACCCCUUCUCCCACUCAAGCUAGCAGUGGUCUACCUGUCUCUCUACCUCAGGGAUCUUACAGCACACCACCUUCAAACCCAGCAUACUCUUACAGCCAAGAGCCAUAUCAAAACAACAUGAAUCACGGUCCUCAAGAUAUGUAUUAUCCUCCACACAUGUCGGCUGGUCAACAACCACCACCCCAGACUGCCACAUCCGGUGCAUUGAGUCAAUAUCCUCAACAUCAGCCACCUCUGCUUCAACCUGGACCCCCACAUUAUCCCCCCGCGCAGCAAGCACCAUACGGUCAAUACUAUGGCAAUGGACUUCAAUCCCCGCAAUCGGCUCAAAUUCCCGGGUCAAUGGGUGGCCAAGGCAACGUUCUACCACUUCCAGCAAUGACCACUCAACCUGGCAUGCCGAGCCAAGGUUAUGGUGGACCACAACAAUUUGACCAAACUGGCCAGGUUGCCCCACCAGGAAUGAAGCCCAGAGUGACAGCAACCCUCUGGGAAGAUGAGGGUAGUUUGUGCUUUCAAGUAGAGGCAAAGGGUGUUUGCGUGGCUAGACGUGAAGAUAAUCACAUGAUUAAUGGCACGAAAUUGUUGAACGUUGCAGGUAUGACUCGUGGACGACGAGAUGGUAUCCUGAAGAGUGAAAAAAUGAGACACGUUGUGAAAAUCGGUCCUAUGCAUUUAAAGGGUGUUUGGAUUCCUUUUGAGCGUGCAUUGGAUUUUGCAAACAAGGAAAAGAUUACGGAAUUAUUGUAUCCUCUAUUUGUUCACAAUAUUGGCGCUCUUUUGUACCACCCAACGAAUCAGACACGAACGAAUGCAGUAAUGGCAGCCGCAGAACGUCGAAAGAAUGAGCAAAACCAAAUGCGGAACCCACAAGCACCUGGUUUGCCUUCAUUACACCAACAUCACCAUCACUCAAUGGCUAACUCAAUUGGCGCUCCCCUUCCAGGUCCACAGCAUUCCCUUGCUCCUCAUCCAAAUGUUGGUCGUCCUGCUCUCGAAAGAUCACACACAUUCCCCACCCCUCCCACAAGUGCAUCUAGUGUAAUGGGCAGUAUGGACAAUUCUAACGGCAAUUUUCAGUGGCCUGGGCAAUCCAUGGGCAAUGUGCAAGGUACCAAUCCCCUGUCAAUUGACACUGGAUUAAGUAAUGCUCGCUCAAUGCCAACAACUCCAGCUACCACUCCUCCCGGAACUGCGGUUCAAUCGAUGCAACAAUAUCAACAAACUCAACAACCUUACGACUCGAGACAGAUGUACUCCCAAGCACCCCCGCCACAGAAUGCUUACGCCCAGGCUCCACCACCUCAACAAAGCAUGCCUCAAUACUCGCAACAGCCAAAUUCAUACAUCAAGAAUGAAAUGGGUCCACCAUUGGCGAGAGCACCAGACGCUGAGCCCCAACAUCAUGAACCAAAGGAUUCAAAUGGAAUGAUUCAUCACCAAGGAAAUGGCCAAGUUGAGGAAGAGCAUGAUCAAGAUCAUGAUGGCGGUGAAUACACUCAUGACAGCCAGGGUAACUACGAUUCAAGUCGUCGGCCAUACAAUUACUCGAAUGGCCCAGCCGUAGGAUCAAUAACAGGUGAACACACCCAUUUGUCACCAGAGAUGACUGGCUCACCAAAUAAUCCAGCUUCCGGACGAGCAACUCCUAGAACGGCAUCGGCACCACAAACAUACUAUGCUCAACAGCAAGGUGGUUACAGUACACCUCCGCGAAUCCAACCACCUUCGAGUAAUUUGUAUAAUGUCGUCAGUCAAGAACGUGGUACAGCUAAUGGCAGCACAGGUGGUGACGUUUACGCACCACAAUCAGAUCUUGGAGCUUCAAUGUCUAAUGGUUAUGCCGGUCAGCAAAAUAUCAUGAAUGGUGCCCCUGGGAGUAACAAGCGUGGCAGAGAUGAUGAUGACGAUGGUCGACCAUCCAGUAGAGGUCCAGGAAUGGCCGAUGCUGAUGGCUUGAAGAGACGUAAAACGAUCCGUGAGGGUUCAGUUUCUGGACCAUCUUACAAUCCAGGACUCAACCGAGCUCAAUCGACCAUUGCUCAAAGACGCCGGUAA